AUGGAAAACAAAGCUAUUACAUUUUACGGCGAUGCAGCGAAUAGAAUUGUCGAGUUGCUCUCUAACAAUAUUGCGUCCAAAACAGUCACAGAAAAACCAAAAGAAAUCAAAACAGUUGCAGAGAAUCAAACAGAAAUAAAAACAGUUACAGAGAAACCAAAAGUAACAACGGAACAAAAUGACAAGGAAUCCGAACUGACAUGCAAAGUAAAACGACCAACCGAUUGCGGUGACCUGGACAAAUCAACUUGUAAAAGUGGAAUUUACCAGAUCUUUCCUGGCAAAACAUCUGGUUUCAAUGUUUUCUGUGAAAUGGAGAAACAUGGUGGGGGUUGGACUGUUUUUCAACAUAGAAUGAACGGAAAGACACCAUUCUAUAGAGACUGGGCCUCUUAUAAGCGAGGAUUUGGUAACCAGAGUGAAGAAUUUUGGUUGGGUAACGACCAUCUGCAUCAACUUACAUCUCAAGGCAAAUAUAAACUGAGGAUUGAUAUGAAAGACUUCGAAAACAACCGAAAGUAUGCCCUGUAUCAGAAUUUCAGUUUUGGUAGCGAAAGUUCUUGUUAUGUUUUGCGUAUUAGUGGUUAUUCUGGUGAUGCAGGGGAUUCGAUGGCUUAUCAGAACAGAAUGAAAUUCUCAACCAAAGAUAAGGAUAACGAUAAUUAUAGAGGGUCAUGUGCAGUGAAGUUCAAGGGCGCCUGGUGGUAUAAAGGAUGUCAUUACAGCAACCUGAAUGGACUCUAUCUGAAAGGAAAACAUAAAUCAUUUGCUGAUGGCAUCGAGUGGUACACCUGGAAGGCGGUUACAUUUUAUGGUGAAACAGCUAAUAAAGUCGUUGAGUUGCUUUCUGACAAUUAUGCAUGCAAAACAGUCAAAGAAAAACCACCAAAGAAAAUAGUAGAUGAAGGCGAGGAUGACGAUGAACCCGAUUCCUCAUGCACAGUUAAACGGCCAACCGAUUGCGGUGACCUGGACAAAUCAACUUGUAAAAGUGGAAUUUACAAGAUCUUUCCUGAUAAAACAUCUGGUUUCAAGGUUUUCUGUGAAAUGAAGAAACAUGGUGGGGGCUGGACUGUUUUUCAACGUAGAAUGAACGGAAAGACUAUUUUUAUAGAGACUGGGACACUUAUAAAGAAGGAUUUUGUAAUCAGAAUGAAGAAUUUUGAUUGGGUUGGUGGUAUAAUGGAUGUCACUACAGCAACCUGA